GUGCGCCUGCGCGGCCUGCCCUUCACCUCCACCGCCCAGGACGUGCUGCAGUUCUUCGAGGGGGUGGAGACGGUGGGGGGGGAGGCGGGGGUGGUGUUCACGUGCACCCCCGACGGCCGCCCCACGGGCGAGGCGUACGUGGCGCUGCCCGACGCCGAGGCGCUGGCGGGGGCGGUGGCGCGCCACAAGGACAAGAUUGGCACGCGGUACAUCGAGAUCUUCGAGUCCAGCAAGGGCGACAUG